GGCGCCUCGUGUCGGUCCCCUAGCCCCGCCCCCCGCUCCUACCUGCGCUCCCUCCUCACCUGUCGGCCCAGGUGAGCGCAGCCGUCGCAGAGGCCAUGGCGGAGUCCCAGCUGCUGUGUCUGGACAACCAGCACGUCAACGAGAAGGUCCCGGAGUCCCGGCCGGAGUUCUACUACAGCGAGGAGCAGCGGGCCGCGCUGGAGCAGCUGCUGCGCCACGGGGACGGAGCCUUCAGGAUGCGCCUGCAGGAGGACAACAUCCGGGACUUCCUGUGCGCCAGGGAGGUCCGGGCCAUCCGGGACGGCUUCCAGGAGUACGACCCGGACAGCGAGCCGGAGCCCGGCGAGCCGGACAAGCCCAAGGAGGCCACCAGCGCCGACUCCGGGGUCCACUCCACCUACUGGCCGCAGAUGUCCGACACCGAGGUCCCGGCGCUGGACAUCGGCUGGCCGGCCUGCAGCGGCGUGUACAAGGGGGUGACCCGGGUGUCCGUGUACACACACCCGCCCAAAGAGCCGGGGCCGCACAUCAAGGAGGUGGUGAGGAGGCUGAUCCAAGGCGCCCAGAAGGUCCUGGCCAUUGUCAUGGAUCUCCUAACGGACCUGCAGAUCCUCCAGGACCUGCUGGACGCGGCGGCGCGGCGCGGCGUGGCGGUGUACGCGGUGCUGGAGGCCCGCGGCGUUCCCCACUUCCUGGACAUGAGCUCCCGGCUGCAGAUCAACGCCAUGCACCUGAGGGUGAGACGCCAAGCCGCGCACACAGCGCAGGACUCAAACCACCGGCUCCUCUGCUUCCUGCAGCGUCUUUCCUGCGCUGUGGGGCCGUUUCGUGGCGCAGCGGCCCGGUUCGGUUUUCAGGGAACCGUCUUUGUUCCUGAGAACGGAUCCCAGAAACUAGAGGCUCCAGGGCCCAGCGUGGUCCACUUAACCUCCAGCUUCACGUGGAGUUCGUCUCGUUUGGACCGGAGCGCCGUUACGGUGAUGACGGGUCAGAUCGUCGACUUCUUCGACAGCGACUUCAGAGAGAUGUACGCCGUGUCGGAACCGGUCGACCUCCACAAGGAGUUCAACAUCAGCAAGCCGCCGCUGCCCACUCCGGUCCCGAAGCCCCGGGUGGAGGAGCACCGCCGCCCCGCGCCCGUCUCCACGUCCCGCUUCCAGGUGUCCGACUCCAGACAGGCCGACUUCAAAGUGCCGGCGCACAAAUACCACAACCCCAAAUACUCGCUGGUGUUCGGGAACAGCUUGGGCCUGACGGGCUCGCUGCAGGACCUGUCCACUCAGAGUCACUCGCUGCUCGGCGGCACCAGCCAGAGGGACACGGAGGGACACGGGGACACGGUGGACCGGCUGUCCUCACCGAGUCCGAGCGCCGCCGCCGAGGAAGAGGAGAAGGACGGGCGCGACGGGGUGAGGAAGAGCGAGGCGGCCGCCGUGAAGAAGCCGCGCAGUUCCUUCAGGAACUUCCUGAAAAGCAGAGCAGCCAAUCACAGAGCAGAGACUAUACAGGAGGGCGUGGCCACUCCUCCAAGCCCCGCCCCCGUGGCUACGGCGCCAGAGGCCAACGGCGUCGCAGGAAACGAACCGGAGGAUUCGUUUGAGGUUCAGGAGAAACCGGCGAGGCUCAAACCCAAAAAGCCGCAGAAGAACAUCCAGAGGAGCGUUUCUCUGCAGACCAUCGGCCCGGCGGACCAAGACGGACUGAAAAGCCGCCGAAGGCAUCAGAGGAAGAACUGCAUCCAGUCCUGAGAGGAGGAGGAGGAGGAGGAGGAGGAGGAGGACGAGGAGGAGGAGG